CAGGGAACCAUGCGAAUGGUCGUUUUGAUUGGUUAUUAGACGUACGAGCGAAAAUUUGAAGGGACACUAAAAAAGAAAACUUCAAAAUAAUCAAUACAGAAUUAAGUGACAUUCAUUUAUGUCAGCAAUGAAACCACAACGUGGAAAGACUCCAAAAAAGAGGGGGAAGUCCCCAGGAAGCCCAGAUCUCAUAGAGCCAGUAGAGGUGUAUUGUCGUGUGCGUCCGCUAGACAAUCCUGGUGACCCGGUGUGUCUGAAGGUUGCAAGCAAUGACACUGUCAACCUCCUCUCCACAGAAAGCUCACUGGCCUUUGCUCGUACAGGCCAACUGAAGGAGGUCCAGUACAAGUUCCAACACGUAUUUGACGAGUUCACAUCACAGAAGAACGUGUUUGAUCAUGUUUCACUGCCACUUGUUGAGGAUUUAGUUCGGGGAAGAAAUGGUCUUCUGUUCACAUAUGGGAUCACCUCCUCUGGCAAGACCUACACAAUGACUGGAACCCCUCAAGACCAGGGUAUACUACCCAGGUGUCUAGAUGUGCUCUUCAACAGUAUUGGAGAGUACCAGAGCAAGAAAUAUGUGUUCAGGCCGGACAAGCUGAACGGUUUCGAGGUGCAGAGCGAGGCCGAUGCCAUGGUUGAGCGACAAAAGAAGGACAUACUGCCGGGGCUGGCCCCUAAGACUCCUGGCACCACCAGAAAGGACAAGAGCGAUUUUGUUCGAGACACAGGCAGAAUGGCAGACCCAACAAAAGUAGCUGACGUAGAUGAAGACAACACCUAUGCUGUCUUUGUGUCUUAUAUAGAGAUCUACAACAACUAUGUGUAUGAUCUACUGGAGGAGCUUCCUUAUGAUAACAUCACAGGUUACAAGCCACCCCAGUCGAAGAUGCUGCGUAACGACGCCAGCGAAAACAUGUACGUGAAUAAUUGUACAGAGGUGGAGGUGAAAAGUCCAGAGGAGGCCUUUGAAGUUUUGUUCAAAGGUCAGAAGCGAAGGAAGGUGGCCCACACAUGCUUGAAUGCUGAGUCCAGUAGAAGUCACAGCAUCUUCAACAUCCGGCUGGUUCAGGCUCCACUAGACCCCUCUGGUCAAGAAGUGAUUCAGGACAAUGAAAAGCUCUGUGUGAGCCAGUUGUCGCUGGUGGAUUUGGCUGGCAGUGAACGUACCAACCGCACCAAGAACCAGGGAGACAGGCUCAAGGAAGCCAGUAACAUCAAUCAAACCCUGAUGGCCUUACGCACGUGCCUGGAAACCCUCCGAGAGAACCAGAAGAAUCCAAAUGCCGUGAAACUGGUGCCAUACAGAGACUCAAAAUUAACGCACCUGUUCAAGAACUAUUUUGAUGGUGAUGGUCGCGUAAGGAUGGUGGUGUGCGUGAAUCCCAAGGCGGAAGAAUAUGACGAGACUGUGCAUGUGAUGAAGUUUGCUGAGAUGUCACAGGAGAUCAUGGUUCAGAGGUCACAGCAGGUCAAGUUUGACCUGGGACUGGCACCCGGUCGGAGGCGUCUUGGGGAGAGGUUGAUGGAGGAACGAAUACAAGAGGAGAGACUGAGAGAAGAGAAGAACAAGAUGGAAAUCGAGACACCAUCAGUGCCUGCUCCUGCUAUGAUAUACAACCUUGGACCAGAUUUCCCCAGUCUUCAGAUGAUAGACCACAACGAUGCUGACACUCUUAACACGCUGUUAGCAUUCCUUAUUGAACGGGACUCCAAGAGGCAAGCCCUGGCUUUAGACUUUGAAGCAAAGCAAGAUGCAUUCCGAGCCAGACUGGUAGACUUUGAGCAAGAACACGAGCGCUUGCUUGAUCGCAAUGACGAACUUGAAGAGCUUGUGGGCAAAACAGGUGGGGACGUGUCAAAACUGGAGGCCAAGUGCAGCAGUCUCGAGCGCAAGAUCUCAGCCCUACAGGCCCAGCUGGAGGACUCUGAAAGAAUGAGACGGGAGUGUGAGGCUAAGCUUAUGGAUAAGAACUACAAGUUAAAGCAAGAGAUGACUGAGAAAGAGCGACUUAGAGACAACUUCAAACAGAGGCUCGAGAUUAACAACAUUCAGUGGGAGGAAAACCUUGAGAAAGAACGGCAGAAGGUAGCAGAAGAGCUUGGGGCAGCUUUAGAAGAGAAGGAGAAGAAGUUCAACAUGAUGAAAGAAGUGUUGGACAGCGAGACACCAGUAGCAAAACCUCGCACCUUCAAAACACCCGGAACAGCCGUGAAGACUCGCACUUACACAACACCAGGCAUAAUUCGUAGUGCAACGUCCGAAUCGGACAUGUCAUCUAUUGGACUUCCUAACACAAGAGCGCGCACCAACACUGUCUCGUCUGCAGCCCGACCCUGGGGGUAUGGAGGUGGAGCCACCACCGUGAAGAAACCUAUACCACCGCCUAAGACCCCUGUCCCAUCUGCCACCCAACGCAGUGUUCCACAGCAUAACUUGAGACACAGACGGUCCAGGUCUAACAACGAGACCUGGUUGGACCACAAACCUCCAGGACAUCUAAACCUUGACACAGUUCUUCAGCCAACCUUGAAGAAGAAGAGAUCUGUGUCCAAGCUUGAACAGAAGGACACAAAGCUGGCCUCCAAGUACAUGCUUACACACCAAGACGUGGGAUCAGAUGGGGAAUUCCAGACCAAAUACUAUAAGGGGGACGUAAUCCCGACAGCGGGUGGUGGUGCCUCAGUGGUAUUCAAUGACGUGGAAGUCCACAAACAACGGGAGCCCGGCACCCGUAAACGUCGCAGUAGCUGCCCCCAGCCCUCGGAUUUCGACGGAGAAUGGACUGACCCCGAAGAACGCUGUGCCAUUGCUAUUGAGGGACAUAUGAGAAAGCGUAGCAAGCCAUCGCCUGAGAGGGUGACGCAUGUUUGAACGUGGCAGACAUACGCCAGAAUCAAAGGUAUAGAAGUUACGCAACAGCGCAAGAAAGGGUUUUCAACAGACUGCAGGGAUGAUGCUUGUGCAAUAGACUGAAGUUCAAUAAAUUUAAAGUGUACAUUUGAAUAUAUGAUUACCAAUUUUUCUUUAUGUUCGGUUUAAAUACAAUUUGUGUUUGUUUGUUGAGAAAUUAGCCCAGACAGCUCUUGACAUGUUGACAGUUUGGGCUUAUCUAUAGCCCUUGAAAUUGAAAUAGAAAGUCAAUGUGGUUCAUAGUCAUAUUUGUAAGGAGAAUUCAUAACAUUGUGUUUUGAAUUGGACUUAUUGAUUUCUUGACUUUUUUUAAGGAUAAUCUGGUAUCAAAAUUUAAUUUGUUUAAUUCUAAAGGCCACUUUACCCAAGGAAGUUUUUGUCUAAUUAUAAUUUACCGGUAAUCCAAAACCUUCAACUCUAGUAUUUGGUAUUGUUAAAGGGUUCAAUAUUUACAGGCUGAUAAGUGAAUAAAGUGUACAGUAUAACAACGUGAAUGUACUUUUAAAUGAUAUUUGCAAAAUGUUCAAGGGUAUUCACUCUUAUGCUCCACUUAUCUUGAGCUCUGACUAAAACGGACUAAGAACUUUAAAGAAAUAAGGGCUAGUUCUAUGGUAACAUAAUCAAUAUGAUAAAUCAUCUUCAGUUUAAUAAUGUCUUUCGGAGCUUAUAAGUGUAUAUAAACUGUAAAUAUGGCAUUGAUGAUAUUUGAUUAUUGUUGUCUUUCUGUAAAUAUCCUGUUUUUAUGCCCCCGUAUCGAAUGAUCGGGGGUAUAUUGUUUUUGGCCUGUCUGUCUGUCUGUCAGUCUGUGGAAAACUUUAACCUUGGUUAAAGUUUUGCAAUAUUGAAUAACUUUUGCAAUAUUGAAGAUAGCAACUUGAUAUUUGGCAUGCAUGUGUAUCUCAUGAAGUUGCACAUUUUGAGUGGUGAAAGGUCAAGGUCAUCCUUCAAGAUCAAAGGUCAAAUUUAUGGCUUCAAAGCAGCGCAAUAAGGGGCAUUGUGUUUCUGACAAACACAUCUCUUGUUUAAUGAAGAUCUGUCAAGACUGAUGUUUUCUUUGUAAAUAAUUCUAUUUUCUGUAUAAUUAUGCUGUAGUUGUGUACAUAAUAUGAUAAUUUAACAAGUAAACCAUCGUCAGGAACACAGUUGUCAGUGUGGUGUUUCAAACUGAAAUAGUCUAAUAAGACAUGUAAAACUUUUGUGUAUCUGUUUUUCUUAUUUAUUUGCUUGUAAUUCUUACGUGUUUUCCACCAGCAAAUGACUGUUAAUCAAUGAACUUUGUAGAUAAACCUGUUUCCUUUGUUCAUAAACAACUUAUUGAACCAAUUAUGUGCAAUUAACUGUGAUUUUUCCUGAACUUUAAAAUGUUUUUAUUUUUAUCCUUUUUGUUUGUACAGUACUUCAGUGUAAAAUAAAUGUUUGUCGAGCGUUCUCAAAAUGUGUGUUUCUCCAUAGUUUUGCAAUAUUUGAAAUUGCAUCCAUCAACUGAGUAAUAAAAAGCCAAUUAUCAUACAUGUUAAAGCCAUCAUUUCCAUAUGGUUUUCUUCUAUUGUUAAGACAUGGUAUAUAAAUUACUUGUCGAAUUGUAUAGACUGCAUGUGAGUUUGUCAUCUUGCAUUUCUAUCAAAUAUUUUUUUAUGCCUCGAUAUACAUAACAUAUAGUGUCAGCAUAUUCAUAAAUGAUGUCUUAAAUGUAUUUAUUUACCACAGUUAUAUAAAUAUGCAAAACUUGUACAUGUAUAAGCUUUUUGUUAACAAUUCUUCUUUUGAUAAGUCAUUCAUUAUUAUUUUCUUGUUUAUCAGAAAAAAUAUAUAAAGGCAUUCCAUUCCUUAAUUGUAUGAUUGUACCAAACACAUUUAACUUGAUAUUUCGUUACAAGGGUAUUAGUCCAUGCUGAUAAUGUAGUUUGUAUGUUCAUUUUCUUAUUCCUGCUUUAAUUUGUUCACUUUCUAUCUGCAGAUAUCUAUUUCUGCUGCUUAAAUUUAUCUAAUUUCCUUUUGGCGUAAGCUUUUAUUUUGUUACUCUUUUCUGCUUGAUACAUAACACGAUAAUAUUGCAAAUUACAGAUACUUUGUCAGAUGUUUUAAUUUAAUAACAAUUACCUCAGGCCAUUUAAAGAAAAUUAUUUAGAAUGACCAGACCAAACCAACCAAAUUAACCCUACCCAGAGUUUUUCUUUAAGUCUGGAUGUUUUCUUUUGUGUGUUUGUUUCCUUCACAAGAAAGACAUUCUCAAGUUCAAACUCAGUCAGUAAAGGACUUCACUGCAAAUUACAAUUAUUGUCACAGCAUUUUUCAAGUUGUUGUGUACAAUUAGAAACUAGUGACCUAUGUUUGUACUUCUUCGAUGCUUGUGUGCACAUUGUAUUUUCUGUAUUGUUUUUGCCAGAUAAACAUUCUCUAUUCUCUUUAAGCCAGAUAUUAAAACAGUAAUAAACAUUUUAGAUUUUAA